AUGGAAUCUGCAGAGAUUUUGAAUAGAUUCUCAGAAAAUGCCGACAAUCCCUCUCCAGAUCAUAAUUCUAAUUCAAAUUCAAAUUCAAAUUCAAAUGGCGAUGCCGUUGAAGAUUCAAUUAAAAGUAAAAGUGAUGGAGUGGGGAUCAUCCAACCUCAUUCACAGCUUCCAAAGCCAGAAGCUCCUCCUGGCCUUUCACCAGUAUCUCCUCCUCCUCCAGUUACAGAGAAUUCAUUCCUCGACAUGCCUACAAUCGGUAAAUUUAUUCGUGAAAGAACCAACAACUUCUCUGCUGCAAUCGCCAAAACACUCUCUUCUCUCAAAGAAAACAUCGAUGCAGAUGCAUGGUCUGAAACUGUAAUGAUCAAAUCGGACGAGGUAACUCAGUUCAAUAUCUCUGGACUCAAAGUUGUAGUGAAGCUCAAGAACGAAGAUGAAGAUGAAAAUAUAAAUAUAAAUGGUCAUGAUAUAAAAGGCCGCAUAAGCUUCUUUUCAAGAUCCAACUGCAGAGAUAGUACAGCUGUUCGGACCUUUUUUAGACAAAAAGGAUUGCAAUUUAUUGAAAUUAAUAUCGACGUCUAUCCAAAAAGAGAAAAAGAGUUGAUACAAAGAACAGGAUCUUCUCAGGUGCCGCAGAUAUUCUUCAACGAUAAGUUGUUUGGAGGUUUGGUGGCUUUGAAUUCUUUGAGGAAUAGUGGGAGUUUUGACCAUCGUUUCAGGGAGAUGUUGGUGAAGAAAUGUUCUAGUGAUGCACCUGCACCACCCGUCUAUGGUUUUGAUGAUGAUCAUGAUGACGAAUCCAUGGAUGAUUUGUUGGAUAUUAUUAGGGUGUUAAGACAGAAGUUGCCAAUUCAAGACCGUCUGAUGAAGAUGAAGAUUGUUAAAAACUGCUUUGCUGGAAGUGAGAUGGUGGAGGUAUUGCUCCACCACUUGGAUUGCGGCAGGAGGAAGGGCGUUGAGAUUGGAAAGCAGCUGAGCAAGAAGCAUUUUAUCCAUCACGUUUUCGGAGAAAAUGAUUUUGAAGAUGGAAACCAUUUCUAUCGUUUCCUGGAGCAUGAACCCUAUAUUCCAAAAUGCUAUAAUUUUAGAGGAUGCACAAAUGAUUUUGAGCCUAAGACUGCCAGUUUGGUUGGACAAAGACUUAACAAGAUAAUGUCUGCCAUACUUGAGUUUUACGCCUCUGAUGAUAGAUGUCAUGUCGACUAUGUGGCCAUCAGCAGAAGUGAGGAAUUUCGAAGAUAUGUUAAUUUAGCUCAAGAUCUUCAUCGGGUGAACCUAUUUACACUUUCAGCAGAUGAGAAAUUAGCCUUCUUCUUGAACUUGUACAAUGCCAUGGUCAUCCAUGCUAUAAUUAGGAUAGGUCACCCAGAGGGAGUAAUUGAAAGGAAAUCCUUCUUUUCUGAUUUUCAAUAUGUAGUUGGAGGGUAUCCCUAUUCCUUGAGUACAAUAAAAAAUGGAAUCCUCAGAAGCAAUAGGAGGGGUACCUACUCAUUAGUCAAGCCCUUUGGCUCUGGAGACAAGCGCCUAGAGCUCAUUACUCAGAAAAUGAAUCCUUUAAUCCACUUUGGACUAUGCAAUGGAACAAAAUCAAGUCCCACGGUGAGGUUUUUCACAUCCCAAUGAGUUGAAGCUGAUCUAAGAUUCGCUACAAGAGAAUUCUUUCAGAGGGGUGGAAUUGAAGUGAAUUUGGAUGGGAGGACAAUUUAUCUGACGCGGAUCAUCAAGUGGUUCAAGUCGGAUUUUGGACAGGACAAAGAAAUCCUGAAGUGGAUAAUCAGUUAUCUGGAUGCAACCAAAGCUGGUCUCUUGACUCACCUCUUGAGUGAUGGAGGUCCCAUAAAUAUUGUAUACCAGAACUAUGAUUGGUCAAUGAAUUCCUAACCAUCUUUAAGGGAGCCAUCAUUUGAAAAAUUAAUAUAGGAAAAAAAAAAGUAUAGUACUAGAGGUGAUGAUUCUGUAUAUAAGAUCUUAAUAGGUGAACACCUGGAUUCCCCAGCCCUGAGCAGCUGUUUUGAAAUGAAAAUAGAAUAGCUAAGAAUGAUUUACAGUUUUUUCAGUGCAUAAGAAAGAUUUUGAACUGAAAGAAAAAAAAAAUGGCAAUACCACUGGCUUGUCUAAUCUUUUGUUUUUUGUUC